AUGUCCGGGUUUCAGGAUCUUGAAGAUUUAUUCAGACGGCGGCUGCUCGCUGUUGUCAACAAAGACCUGGCAGGUGAAACAACAUCAUUGGCGGACGGGGAGGAGCUCUGGCGCCAAAAGAAACCGGAUGUGAUUAAAACACCUGAGACACAAAUGGAGGAAGGAGGUUGGCUAUAUUUUCAGCGCUGGAAACUCGUGUCUUGCUGAUGUUUCAGAGAGCUAAUGUCGAGACUAGACCAGACAAGUGUGUUAGCUGGAACCUGCUAUGAAAAUUAUGCAGUUUACAGUACUGAAAAGCUCUUGAGUGGCUGUUUCUGUUUCAGGCAGGGCCCCAUGAUAUAUGUUUUCACAGAGGGCCACAUAGUUUUAUCCAGUUCCUCUGUUCUCAUAUGCUCCAGACCCAUAUCAACUUUGAGAAAUGAUACCAAGAACCGUUUUUCCAAAAUUGGUAAAAUAUAAACUAUCUGCUUCCCCUAUCUAAAACCUCUUUGUGUAUUUUAUUGUUUUCUGCAGAUGUCCAACAGUUUUUGGUGAGUGAAGAAGAGUUUUCCCUUGAGCAGCAGGAGAGGAGCCCAGGAUUGGAUCGAGAGGACACCAACAUUAAGGAGGAACAGGAAGAGCUAUGGAGCGGUCAGGAUGGAGAAAAGGGGGCUGAUACUACCAAGUUUAUGUUUACUACUGUGAUUAUGAAGAGCGAAGAUGAGGAUGAUGAGAAAUUUCAGUCCUCACAGCUUCAUAAGAGACAAAUUGAACAGAUGGAAACAGAAGCUGGUGCAGAGGACUGUGGAAGACCAGAACCAGCCCUGGAAUCAGAUCCAGGGAGACAUUUACAACCAGAGACUGAGGUCAAGACUGAAGACGCUUCUGAACCAGAUACUGAUGACAGUGAUGAUUGGAGGGAGGUCAGGGUACAUAAUUCUGGUUUGAAAUCUGUGAACAGCGAAAGUAUUGAGAGACUAGAGCCUGAUGAAAAAUCACAUAGUUGCUCUAUGUGUAGUAGAGCAUUUAAAAUCAAACAAAAUAUGAAGAGACACAUGAGAAUUCACACUGGAGAGAAACCCUACGGAUGCCAGGAGUGUGGUAAAAGAUUUUCUUGGGAUAGUCAGUUAAGAAGACACAAGUGUGCUGAAGUUCAAACUUCAGAGCUCCAUCAAAACCAAUCUGUGGAGGGAAUAGAGGCACAAACUAGGAGUGAUGGAGUAGACUGUGGAGGACCAGAACCAGCCAGGACUUCAAGUCUAGAGGGACAUUUACAGCAUGAAACUGAAGUCACGAGUGAGAACUGUGAUGAUGGGGAGAAGACAACAGGACAUCAGUUAGCUUUCAACUCUGAGAAAAAUAGUAAAAACAAAUCUCACAGCUGCUCUGUCUGUUGUAAGACAUUCAAAAACAAAUGGUAUCUCAGCCAACAUAUGAAAAAUCACACUGGAGAGAAGCUUUUAAGCUGCUCAGAGUGUGGUAAAAAAUUUGGUCAGAAACAUCAUCUGAUUAGACACAAGGGAGUUCACACUGGGGAGAAACCCUUCAGUUGUUCUGAGUGUGGUCAAAGAUUUACCAGAAAUUCAACUCUAACAUGUCACAUGGCAAUCCACAGAGGGGAGAAACCCUUUGGCUGCUCCGUGUGUGGUAAAAGAUUUCACAAAAAAGGGCAUCUGAUCACACACAUGUUGGUUCAUUCGGGGGAGAAACCAUUUGGCUGCUUAGAAUGUGAUAAAAGAUUCACCCAUAAGUAUUAUCUGACACUUCACAUGGCACAUCACAAAGGAGAGAAACCCAUCAGCUGCAGUGUUUGUGAGCAGAAUUUCUCUUGGUAUUCACAGUUAAAAAAUCACAAGUGUCUUGGUAGUCAGACGUCUGAGUUUUAUCAAAACCGAAUGUUUGAGGAGACAAGAGAGUCAGAAAUGGGAGCUGAUGUAGAGGACUGA